AUGGAUCAGACAGGACCACCAAGCAAAAAAAGCCCCAUUGUCAUUGUGGGGGCCGGAAUAUUUGGCCUCAGUACCGCACUCCAUCUUUGCAGACGUGGUUACAAUGAUGUGACUGUCCUUGACAAACAACCCUACGAUGAGACAUUGUACUCAUACAUCAAGGGCGCAGAUGCCGCUUCUGCCGACAUCAACAAAAUCGUUCGAUCAGCCUACGGAUCCCAAACGGAAUAUCAAGAUUUAUCUACCGAAGCGAUUGCUGAAUGGCACACCUGGAAUAACGAGCUCCAACGGGGCACUUUAGUACCCCCUGGAAUGUCCAUCAAGGAUGCAGUCUUCGUGCCCAAUGGCAACAUUUCUCUAUCUACAUCCGCUAUGCUGCCAGCAUGGGAGCUUGCCUGUAUUGAUGGAAUGGAGAAAGCUGGAAACAAGGAUACUCAACUAGCUACGACGAUUCCUCGCCACGUGGAGAUUGCAGUGCAAAAAGGACUUCAGUCAUUCAUGGACCCGUUUCAAAGAGAGAGACGUGGAGAGCACAACACCGGCGUGUUGGAUACCACAGGUGGCAUGGCUGUUGCAGAUAAGGCUUGCUGGUUUGCGUUGCAUAAGGCGCGAAACCUGGGAGCGAAAUUCAUUUUCGGGAAAGAGGCUGGAUGUAUGAAGGAGCUAUGCUAUGAAAAUUCGAAGGUGAUUGGUGUUAAAACUCGGGAUGGGAAAACACAUGCAGCAGAAAUGACUGUUCUGGCCUGUGGUGGGUGGACACCCGUCUUACUACCCGAGCUUGACGGCCUGUGUGAGGCCACCGCCGGGAGUGUGAUACUUUUCAAGAUUCCUCGGCAGUCCCCUCUAUGGGAUCGACUAGGUGCAGACCGAUUUCCGACCUGGAUGUGGAAUAUGCGGAGUGGAGCUGAAGGUGGUUUAUAUGGAUUCCCGAGGGAUGAAAAUGGUUGGUUCAAGGUUGGAUAUCGAGGAACGAAAUACACCAACCCGCUGCGUCAGGGAGAUGGCAAUGAGCGAAGCACACCGGUGACGCGGUGGUCAGCUGCUGAACAAGAUGGGAAAAUCCCUACUGGGGAAAAAUUUACUUCUUUCCCACAACAAGCGCAUCAAGUUCUCACGGAAUUUCUUAAUGAGUACCUUCCAGAGUUAUCUGAAGAAGGGAUCGACAUCGCCCUGACCAGGGUUUGCUGGUACACAGAUACGUUUGACAACCACUUUGUUGUUGACCGUGUGCCCAAUAGGCAAGGGCUAAUGGUCGCAACAGGGGGCAGCGGUCACGCCUUCAAAUACCUUCCGAACAUUGGGAAUUGGAUUGUCGAUAUAAUGGAGGGCGUUGGCAUGGAUCGAUCGGCGGUUAAAGCAUGGAAGUGGAGAUCUGUCGGUGUGCAGAGACCAACCAACGAUCUCAUGGAAGGUAUUGGUGGUUCAAGAGCUCUCCAAAAUAUAUGUCUUCUCAAAGAAGCGAGCUUGCAGAAUAAAGCACAGGCCAAGCUAUAG